AUGUUGUGUAUCUGCACCCUGUCCUCUUGCCCAUUUAGAUGGAUGAACCGGCUGGGGCUGGCGGCGAUUGGCUACACACCUGACGAUAAGGUUUCACGCCCUGAUGAAGGUACGACAAUCUGACUAGAUGUUUAGUGACAUCAGACAACAUCCUGUUGUGAUGUGUAAAUCUAAUGAUUUUAGGACACUGACGUAAAAUGUUACAUAAGUGUAUUAGAUCAAUACCUAUUGUACUGUAGCGCAACACAGACCGUAUUGGCAUAGAUGAGGUCACCCAAGCUGUUUAUCUUAUUGAUGUUCAACUUUGAUAUGUUUCAGAUUACUGGAGUGAGAGUGACCAGGAUGAGAUCGAUGGUUCUAUGACCCUGAAACAAGAGGGCAUGUCAUCACGCUGUGAUACCUACCACCGCACCCCGUCUGUGAGUGCAGGCUUCUGGUCCACAUUCUGGAACACACACACACACACCAGUGGCGGUCGGUGCUAUUUAAGAUGAGGGAGGGCAACAACAAAAAAAUUAGGAGCAUGGCCUUAUUUCUAUUAUAGCAUAUUGGAUGGCUGUCAUUCAUAUUCCAUUCAUCCAGUUCAAUGUAACAUCGAUAGGCUUAGGCUACUACAUGAUACUCUAAUUUUCCCUAUACCCAUCAUAAGGUUGCUACAACCUAGCCUAUGAAGGAAAGUUUACAAUGUAGGUGCACACAGGUAGAGAGAAACAUUUGAGGUGACAGACACUGACACAUAGACAGACACAUUCAGUACAUCCUUGCACACUCUUGCCUGCAUCUAGCUGAUCUAGGGUGUAAUCAUUAGUCCAACAGUUGCAAACGAGAGUUUCUAUUGGUCAAAUUCAGGUAUAUUUAUCCCCGUUUCGUUCCAUUUGCUUCUGUUUAAGAAAUGUUUUUCAACAGAAUCGACAGAAUGAAUACACCCCUGAUCACACGUAAACACAGUUCACUUUCAUUACAGCCACAUUGUAUUCCUUCUCGUAUCUAUGCGCUCUCCCCCUCUCACCUUUUCCCUUCGUAUGUGGACUUCAAUGCACAACACAUCAGCUGUAUGUGACCAGGUGAAAAAACCUUUCCAAGCCAAACCAUAUCAUAACCGCUACACACAGCCUACAUGGUUGUCACCAUAUUAGCUAAAGUAACGUCAUAAUCAACAUAGCUUAUAGAACUAACGCGUUAGUAUACCAGCUACAAUCAUGCAGUAACGUUACAGUGUAUAGUCAGUAAGCAGUUACACCGGCGGGCCCCGGUGGCAAUAAAUUAGUAAAACCAAAAGCUUGCUUUGACUUGGAAGAGUUCCAGUGUUGUGUUGGAUAGUAAUAGCCAGCUAGCUAACAUAGAAUCCCUCUGUUUGAGCAGGGUAUUUGAGUAGGCUAAACUAGCUAGCUGCAUUUGCUAGUUAAGUAAGUGAAACUGAAAGUAAAAAAAAAAAUGAAAUCUCUCUUUCUCUUGCUUCUCUUUCAUUUUUGAAGAUUAAUUUGUUAAAAACGGUUCAACUAUUGUCUUUCUCUCUCCUUGAUUAAACUACUCACCACAUGUUAUGCACUGCAGUGCUAGCUAGCUGUAGCUUAUGCUUUCAGUACUAGAUUCAUUGUCUGAUCCUUUGAUUGGGUGGACACCAUGUCAGUUCAUGCUGCAUGAGCUCUGAUAGGUUGGAGGACGUCCUCUGGAAAUUACUGGAAGGGGGUGAGAACCAUGAGCCUCCUAGGUUUUGUAUUGAGGUCAAUAUACCCAGAGGAGGACGGAAGCUAGCUGUCCUCCGGCUACACCAUGGUACUACCUACAGGGUGCUGUUGAGGCUACUGCAGACCUUCAUUGCAAAACAGUGUGUUUUAAUCAAUUUUUUGAUGACGUGAAUAUAUUUAUUAUAGUUUUAUCUAAAAAUGAUAACUUUUUAAAUGUUUAAAAACAUUUUUUUUUAUUAAAUUCACUGAGGAGGAUGUUCCCCCCCUUCCUCCUCAGAUGAGCCUCCACUGACACACACACUUAUGCUUACACUCAUACAAUACAUAAUGACCCUAUCAUUAAAUACCUCUGUCUACUGGUGCCCUUCCAGGUGAACUCCUCCAGUCCGUUCCCUGAGCGCCACUUCUCCAGUGAGUCCACGUACUCCCACUCCUCCGCUGAGGAUUCCCGUCCAGACGUCCCCGGGAGCACCCACUCCUCCGGCUGCCGCCCCACCCUCCGUGACACCCAACGCCGCUCCUGGCAGGACCUGAUCGAGACGCCCCUCACCAGCUCAGGCCUCCACUUCCUGCAGACGGUGCCGGGGGAGGGCGACAGGGGCGAUGGGGGAUACGGCAGCGGCCAUAUGGGAAUGGGUCAGCUGCUCAUGUCCCCUGAGCGCCGACGUCAGGCCACGCUGCCCGCCCAGAGGCGCCGGCAACCUGACAGAGAUGGGCCCUUCCCAUUGGUGGACAUAGAGGAGCGCGAGCAGCGCCUCCACCACUGUACCCACAAGCAGCGCAGCCAGAGCCUGCCCCGGAACAGGGACGUGCAGGGCACCAAGGGCAGCCUGCGCCCAGCAGGACCCUCAGAGGAGAGGAGUGAGGACGACGAGGUGCCAUUCAGAAAGCACAACUCCAAAAAAAAACAAGGUACUUCCUGCUCUCGCCAGGCUUCUCUUUAGGACUCCUCAGACUUCAAGUUACUGUUUAAAAAAUACACAUCUACCUUGUUAUGCAUUGAUUAUAUAUUUAAUUGAUGGAUGGUUAGGGUUGCAAAAUUCUGUGAACUUUCAAUAAAAAUGUUUUUCCCGAAGUCCCGGUUGGAAGAUUCCUGGAAUUAGGAGUAAGCAGGAAACCCGGAUCCUCCAACCACUAUUUGGGGAAAACCAGGGAAUUUAUUGAAAGUUCCCAGAAUUUUGCAACCCUAGACAAGGUACUUUGUAAAGCUUUUAUCCAAGUUAAAAUGGUUGAAUAAGGUUUAGCACAGAGUUUUGAAAUCCUGUCCUAAUUUCCCCCUCAGAUUCUCGGUCUAAAGAGCGAGGCCAUGAUCAUGAGGGGGUGGAUGGCUUUCAGGAGCUGUACCGCUCUAUAGAGCAGGCCAGCCUGUCUGCCCUGGGGGAGCAGAGGCCCUCCACCAAACAGGAGUUCAGACGCUCCUUCGUCAAGCGCUGCAACGACCCUGUCAUCAACGACAAGCUGCACCGCAUUCGUGCCCUGCGCAGCACACUCAAGGUACGGAGAGGGAGGGACACAGCCACAGGGCAGGCUGUGGGGCAGUCAUAGGCAGUGUUUUCCCUAAGUAUAUGGAGCAGCCAGCCAAAUAGAAAAAGUAGCCAGCCAGGGAGUUCCGGACUUUGGGGUUCCGGGGGUGCUUUCCCUACUGGGGAUUUUUUUUGCAGAACGAGCUCUAAUUUGGUAGCCAUUCUAAUGCUUCGAUUCCAUCCGAAAUACACAGCUAAAAUAAUGAAUACUUUAAAUCAAAUCAAAAUCAAAUUGUAUUUAGUUUAUUGUGGCAAGUUUCUAUAUGGGCUUCCAAUCCUAGGAAAAUACAAACAAGAUCUUUGGUUUACUUGUUCCGAUGCGAUACCAUGGACCUAUAACUACGUUGUAUGAUUUAUGAAUAGCAAAGGUAUAUAGGAGAUUGACUUUAUUCAGUCAGUUCAACACCUUUUAUAAACUAGUCAACACUUGCUGUUCGAUCGUCAAUCAAAGCACAGUAAAUAGCCUAUGUGCCCCGACUCCGUGGCUGGCUAUAUGAAACACGCGAAAUAAAAUAGUUGAAUGUGCCACAAAACAAUAAUUAAGUGGAUUUCAACUCAUCGUUACCACUUACAUUACAUGGGACGUGUACAUUCACUCACAGGAGAUGAUGAAGAAGCAUGCUCUCCCUCCUCCGUGAAAAUAAAUUAAACUGCAGCCAACCACAGCGCACAAAAAUAACACAGGUACCGAGAGGCAGGACAGACAGCAGACUGACAAACCAGCAGUGUUUCCCUGUCAUCGCUCGCUUUGUGACUGAUAGGCGCCUUUCCUACCAAUAGGUCCCUAGAAGAUGCAUAUCGUUCAUUCUAGGGGGAGAAGGCUAUACUGACUUUUCUGACUAGCGAAUUUAAACUUUAAUAUGAAAAGUAGCUGGACGAUAAUGAGUCUGUUAUCGGCUGGUUAGCCAACGGACAUCGCUUAGGGAAAACACUGCAAAGGGCAGGUAUGAAUGGUAUAGAAGGUGUUACAGGUCCAGCAGGUGGCUGUCUAUAGCAAUGAGAGUGAGGCGGCAUAUGAGUGGGGUCAUUUAGGUGGUAUGUAAGCCAAACACUAACUGAUGUGUUCCCACAGGCCAAAGAGGGUGAUCUGGCCAUUAUCAGCCAUGUGCUGGACGACCCCGGUCUAAACUCCCAGAAGUUCAAGGAGUGGAAGCAGCAGCACCAUGAGCUGUUUAUGGACAUCUGUGAGUUCAGCUCCGCCCCGACAGAGCCUCACCCUGAGGGGUCCGACCUCUCACCCCUGUCUCCACCUCUGAUGAUGCACACCCACUCCUUCAUCGAAACUCAUGUUUGA